ACAUGUGUGCUUGUACAUGCACACCCACACACUUACACUCACAGUCAUCCCUUACACACAUAGACACACAAAGACACCCAGUAGGUAAAGUUAAAUAGCAUUCUUUACCCAUAACAUUCCACUUCCGUAGGUGAGGUCAGGGGUCGCAAACAAGGCAGUUCUCUCCUAUAGUGCCAUCCUGCAACCUGGGGGCAGCUCAGGUGGGGGUGGAGUGGUAGGCAGUGGUGUUAUGGCCAAGAAGGAAGGGCAUGCGCCCUCACAGCCCCUCCUCCUUCAGGCAGCUCCUCCAACUACAGUUAAAGGAGCUGCGUUGGCCAAGACUGCUGGUGCCACAAUAAGCAUCAUCACUGGCAAGGGUGCCAAGCAACCAGGGACAGUACCAGGUCCCAGUCCAAGCCCAGUCAACAUGCUCUCUGUUAAUCUCGGCCAGAACAAGCCCAAUAUGAUCAAUUUCAAGAUAUCAAAUGGACAAAUUCAAGCUGAUAGCAUGCAGCAAGUUGAUGUUCUUCGGGAAGCUCGGCCUUUGGUCCAGGGAGGAGGAAAGCCAGUAGAUGAGCGGAAGGACAACCCUAUCGUGAUGGCUGGUCUUGCCCAUGCUGUCGGAACAGGAUCGGUGACGGUUUCGGUCACGGGGUCGUUGCCGGGCACGGGGCCAGGGGUAGGGGCUGGGCCAAUGAUUGUCCCCGGAACUGCGACAGCUUCAGUGCCAUUCUCUAACCAAGUGUCCAUACCAACGUCACUGCCAAUGACAGUGACCGUGGCAAGAUCAGUACCUGAACCUCCAAUAAGCUCAACUGUUGAUGACGAUUCCUCUUUAGAUUCAAGAGAUUUGAUGUGCACAAACAAAGGAGAGAGAGAAGAUAUUCUGCAAAAAGCUGUUAGCCAGCUAGGAGCUGCGCUAGAGGAGAGCAGACAGAGAGGCCCAGAAGACUUCCCGCCCUACCUUGAAACCUACGAUCAUGAGUCUCAGCUGAAGCCAGACACAGAAUUCGUGGAACCAGACAAGGAGAAGGAAGUGAAUGAGGAAGUGGUCAGGGUAAAGGAAGAACCUAUGAGCAUUGACUCAGAGUCACAGGUGCUUGACGUAAGAAAAGAGAUCCUGCGGACAAUGCUGAACAAGUCACAAAACUCGUCAAGGAGCCCUAGCCCUAACCAUGACGUGCUGGUGGAGCCCUUGGACAGAGUGAAGGAGGAAAAGUCCCCGUCAAGGGAAGCCGAGAAUUGUACCGAGCACAAGGCCGAUAAUAGCCCAGCCGGGAAGCCCAAGCAGCAAGAGGCAGACGAAGACAUCAAGCCCGAAAAAGUGAAGUUCAUCGAGCUCCUGAAGUGGGAGGACGGGGUUGGGAAGCUUGAUGGAACAGACCUCAAGUUCAAGAUCAACGAGUUUGACGCUGUGGAGAUCAUUGAGGACAGAGAUCUGGAAGACAUCAAAAACAACCACUGCAAGAAGGUGGAGCCACUAACCACCAGACACCACGCACGCAAACCCAAUUUCCGUGACCUCAUAAAAGACGAGGAAAUAUUCUCAGACAAUUCCCAGGAUUCAGAGUCGCAGGGAAAUAAGUCAACUAGAGAAUCUGAUGACAUCUGCUGCUGCAAGAACUGUGGCUGUUAUGGUCUAAGUUCGGAGUUCUUCCGAGACAGCAACUUCUGCUCUGUUGCUUGUGGAGAUGAACACGACGCAAGAGAACUGGAGUGGGGUAAAGAACGGCUAAAGCAGGAGAAGGAGAGACAGAGGAGAAAGAAGCUCAGGCAAUGUGAGAAAGGCGAGGGGGAUGAGCAGGGGGCUGGCUGCGAAGGAAGCAGGGAGGGCAACCGCAGUGAGGCUGAGGAAUCAGGGCAGGUCAGCGAUGACGAAUCUAGACAAGCGAGGAAUCUCAUGGGCACAGAGUCUCUUGUGAGCCGAUUUCAGCAUCCAUGGCAGGAUGGGAAGAACAAUUUCUCUUGGGUGAAGUACUUGGAGCACUGUGGGAGAGCAAAAGGCAUGGCGAAAGCAGCACCCCUGAAGCUUUGGCCAGAACCGUUUCCCUUUGGAAGGAAUCUCUUCAAAGCAGGCAUGAAGUUGGAGGCCAUUGACCCACAACACCAGUCCCUCUUUUGCGUCAUGACGGUGGCCGAGACCAUUGGGUACAGAGUGAGGCUUCACUUUGAUGGCUAUUCAGACCAGUACGACUUCUGGGUCAAUGCUGAUUCCCCAAACAUUUUUCCAGCAGGCUGGUGUGAGAAAAAUGGGAGACAGCUGGAGCCACCCCUUGGGGUGUUAGGCUUUUCAUGGAAGGCAUAUCUAGAGCACUGCAAGGCUCAGACAGCCCCUAGACAGGCCUUUGCCAAUAAAGGUAAUUCCACUGUCAUCCCACCUAAUAAUUUCCGAGUGGGCAUGAAACUCGAGGCAGAAGACAGAAAGAACAUGUGGGUCUGUGUAGCCACUGUGGCAGAUGUGCUUGAUAAUCGUGUACUCAUCCAUUUUGACGGAUGGGACAAAGCCUUUGACUUCUGGAGUGAAGUGUCAUCACCUUACAUCCACCCUGUUGGGUGGUGUGCUGACAAUAACAUUGUUCUCCAUCCUCCGAAUAAUUACCCAAAUCCAGAGAGCUUCAACUGGCAUGAGUAUAUCCAGGAAACUAAUUCCAUGGCUGUCCCUGCCAGGGCUUUUAAGACCAGACCUCCAAGAGAGUUCAAGAAGAACAUGAAACUAGAGGUUGUUGAUAAGAGGAAUCCGAGUCUCAUACGUGUGGCCACCAUAGUUGAUGUGCAAGUAUACCAAAUAAAGAUCCACUUUGAUGGGUGGGGUGAUGCCUACGACUACUGGCUUGAUGAUGACUCGCCAGACAUCCACCCACCGUCAUGGAGCAACAAGACAGGCCACCCUCUGCAGCCACCCUUAACCCCAGAACAACAGGCAGAGGACGUAGAUUCUGGCAUGGGGUGUGGAACAGCAGGCUGUAAGGGCAUUGGGCAUGUGAAAGGCCCCAUCUAUACCACCCACCACACGGCAUAUGGCUGCCCGUACUCUACACAAAAUCUGAACAAGGACUUGGAUACCUUGAUCCCAGACAGACUUCAGCCAGCCCAGGAGAAGAAGAAGGGUAAGAUUGCUCCAAAAGUCAAGCUGGAUCUCCGUCCAUUCAGUGGGAACAAGGAUGCCUUUGCAGACGAGACUCCUUGCCAGAAGAAGAGAGUCCGGAAGAGACGCAAGUUUUUCGACGAGCUGAGUCCCCCGGAACCCACUCGACCACAGAAGGUGCCAAAGGCAAAUGAAGAGGUCAGGGCAGCCAGCAACUCUAACAUAUUACCCAGUGCAAUAUCGCCGUGUACCGUGACCAUUGCCACCGCCAUAACACCAAUAACAGUAACAACGGUUACAUCAAAUGCGACAACGCCAACUUCGUCCAACCAGGUAUCGCCUACUGGCUUCCCUCAGCAACAACAACAACAACAACAACAAUCACAACAGCAGCAGCAACAACAACAGCCGCAGCAACAUCAACAGCAACAGCAGCAGCAGCAGCAGCAGCAUCACCAACAACAACAACAACAGCAACAUCAACAACAACAUCAGCAACAACAGCAACAUCAUCAACAGCAGCAGCAACAGGCACAACAACAACAGGCACAACAACAACAACAGACUCAACAACAGCAACCACAACAGACUCAACAACAACAACCACAACAGACUCAACAACAACAACCACAACAGACUCAACAACAACAACAGACUCAACAACAACAACAACAGACUCAACAACAGCAACAGCAGCAGCAGCAGCAACUCCAACAUCAUCAACAACAACAUCACCUACACCAACAGCAACCGCAGCAGCCCUCAGACCACGGGGUCGACAUGAUGGUGCACCAGUCAGUGUUCAACCCCGGCUACAACCCCCACCCGGCCGCCCCGAUCCCGCAUUCGUGGGAGCGCCACCGCCACCUCACGGCCUCCCUGGGCGACGCCAAGCGGGCCGACGUCGAGGCCUGGGACGCGAGCCAGGUCCAGCAGCUCGUGGCGAGGAUUCCGGGGUGCGAGCAGGUGUCCGCCGUGUUCGUGGAGCAGCAGAUCGACGGCGAGGCGCUGCUGAUGAUGACGCAGAACGACCUGGUCAACCUCCUGCAUAUCAAGUUGGGUCCGGCCAUCAAGAUUAUGGCGGUCAUUAUGUGUCUAAGAAGUUCAACUUAAGAGUGAAGUGUCUAUAUAUAUAUAUAUUUCUUUCUCUUCUUGGCUGUAUUCAUCAGUGGUAUAUUUGUAUCAGGGUAUUACGAUAAGUUAUUUUGCGUUGGAUCAUGUGGUAGGCAUAGUUCAGUUAUUCAGAACAGUAACAAUCGUAAAAAUAUGUCUACCGAAUUGACUGACUCAUCCAUGUUAUUACGUAAUUUAAGACAUGCUGUUAAACAGGGUCUGUCUUCCGAGGCAUCACAAAAAACCCUCGUCCCGCAAAGAGAACCUAUUCCUUGAUCUGAAACUGAACAUUCGUCUCGGAGGCGGCUGUGAACUGUUAACCUGGACAGGCUAAGCCUCUAGUGUCAGGGAUGCGUUGGAGGACCCCGAGGUCGACGCGGCGUCAUUGUACAACUUGUCCUACAAAGGAUGUUGCAGCUCAAGGUGGAGAAAUUAUAUGUGAUAUUUUCUUUGGAAGCUCAAUGUAAAUGUGUGUGCUCAGCUUGUGAAGCAUGUCUGUACAUAUCUUCCUGGAAACUUCAACUUGCAAUUGUGUCCACAUUCCAAUAACGGGUGCUGUUUUCGUGUGGGAAUGCAGCAUCCCCAUUGAAAUGCAAAUUCAGCCAUGAAUUAGUAACGCUGCUAGUCAUUUUAUAUAAUUUUUAAUAUUAUAUCAUUCUCGUUAAAACACAGACGGGAUCAGAGUUCUCUUGCAGCCUCACUUGUUUUUGUACAUAAUAUUUAGAGAUUCAAGGAGGCAGGAGUGUACUCGCAUCUUUCCUUCCAUAUUAUUGUCACUUCCUGAUAAGUGAACGAACAGUUACAACUACUCAGACUGGUAUUGUUUUUUUUUUGUUCAGUUGAUUUGUGAUCUUUGUCAUUUUUUUCGAGUAGGCAAGACAAUCAGUGGGCCUGUGGCUGUUAACAUGUGAGUCUGUUUUACAUAUUAUUGUUUAAAGGGGGGUGAAAAGAGCUUUAUUUCCGGUGGUUCAAUUUCUUUGGUUUGUCUUGUGUAAAUUGUGGGUAACAACGAUAAAACAAGAACAGCCAGAAUUUGCAAUAGCAUUAGAGAAAAUUGGAUUUUUGUUAAAAAGUAAUUUCUAAAUUCUGAAAUUACAAGUGACUGCUACGGUUUCUACCAUUUCAGAUUUGUUAUGAAAUAGCUAUCCAACAAAUUUAUAAUUAAUAUUGGAAUGAAACAGUUUCAUUGCUGUUUUACAAAGGUUAGCAUGUUGAAAAAUAACAUCUGCUAAGCAGAUGUUUAUGAGGAGGAUUUGUAUAUAUGUACCAUAAUGGGGCAUAAAUAAAUUGCUUGAAACUG